CCGCUGAGUUACUCCAGCAUUUUUGUGUCUCUCAUCUAUAUAACAUAAUGAGAGGAAUGGAUUGGGUACAGGCAUUCUCAUGUCCAGAAAGGGUGAAUCGAGGACUAAAGGACAAAGGGUUAAGACUCGCCAUGGACCACUCUCUGGACCCGUCCCAUCUCCUCUCGCCCACGGCCCUUCGCCGCUUGGCCCGCUCCUGUCUGCUGGAAGACUGCCCACACUUUGACUGGGCAGGGGCGGUGGUGGGAGAGGGGCGGCGACUGGCCACGAUCCUGCUCAAGUCUCCGGGAGUGCUGGCCGGGACCCCGUUUGCGGCGGCUGUCUUCCAGGAGCUGGGACUGAGGGCAAACUGGCUGCGGACGGAGGGAGAGUGGAUCGGCGACACGUGUCCGGUAGCCCAGAUCUGGGGGCCAGCCCGGCACCUCUUGUUAGCCGAGAGGCCCGUUCUCAACCUCCUGGGCCGGGCCGGGGCCAUCGCCACGGUGUGCCGGAGGGCCACGGAGCGAGCCUCGUCCCUGGGGUGGCGGGGAGCGCUGGCCGGCACCAGGAAGACGGCGCCGGGACUCCGCUUGCUGGAGAAACACGCCAUGGCGGUGGGCGGUGCUCAACCUCACCGACUGGGGCUGGGAGACCUCAUCAUGGUGAAGGACAACCAUCUAGCCGUGGUGGGGGACGUAGACAAGGCUGUUAGAGAUGCCCGAGCCUUCGCCGGCAUCUUCUGCAAGGUCGAAGUGGAGGUGAGUUCGCUAGAAGAAGCUCGUCAGGCCGCACGGGCCCAUGCCGACAUCGUGAUGCUGGACAACCUCACUCCACAGGACGUCCGGGAGACGGCACGGGCUCUGAAGGAAGAGUUCCCGACCCUGCUGAUUGAAGCGAGCGGAGGAAUCACCGAGGAGACCCUCCCUCUGUAUCUCUGCCCGUUUGUCGACGUGAUCUCCCUGGGGUCCUUCACGCAGAACUUCACCGCCCUCGACUUUUCCAUGAGGAUCGAGCCGGAAGUUGGAGGCGAGCCGGAGCCCGAUUCGGGAAUCCCCAGUGACCGAGGCGUAUCUCGGUCGCCUUCUGAUUAAUAGGGAAAUGUAGAGAGAGCGAAGAGAGAGAGAGAAAAAAAAUGGUACUCCAUCUCCCAUUUCAACUCCCCUCCCCCAAACUCCACUUUGAUAAAGGCUUACUUGA